UUUAAGUCAAGGUCAUAACAGUUGAGAUGUUACACGUUAGCUAUAGCAACCAUGGGUUUCCUGCUCUCCAAAUCCAUGGACGCAAACUUUAAGAAGCAGCAAGAGUUUAUGCUGCACAACUCCAGGCUGCAGAUGGAGCGUCAGAUGAUGAUGCAGAACCAGAUGCGUGAGCGACAGAUGGCCAUGCAGAUCGCCUGGUCCAGAGAGUUCCUCAAGUAUUUUGGGACUUUCUUCAUGGUCGCGUCAGUGGGACUCACAGUCGGAGCGGUAAAGAGGAAGAAGCCGGCGAUGUUGGCUCCCAUUCUUCCCCUCAGCUUCAUCCUCACCUACCAGAUGGACAGCGCAUACGGGACGCUGAUUCACCGGAUCAGAGGUGAGGCUGAGAACAUCAUGGUGACCGAACUUGACCGUCUGGACUUACCUCACGGAGCUCCCACCUUCGAGAGCAUCGAGAAAGCCCGCCGGGCCAAAAGCAGCAUUGCCUUCUUGGAGAAAUGACGCCGGUGCUAUGAUGACAUUGUUUAGAAUAUCCAUGGUGCUGGUCAAAUCAUGCCUGCCAUUUGCGUCUUCAAUCCUGAUUUACACUUAAAUCCAAUUCAUCAUUCAGUUGUUCUGUCCAUGUUCAACGAUUGUUUGCCAUCAAUUCUGUGGCUGGUCUGAUGUUUCACACUAAUGGCUUUCUGGAGACUCAAGUCCAGGCUUGUUGUUCCGCCUGAAAAACACAUUCUGACGUCUGGAGUGACUUCAACACACUCGCUCAUGCUGAUAGGAGUUGUGAGUUUUAGAAUGUCCCUUUCAUCCACUGAAGUCCAGAAGACCAUUUUCAGUCAAUCACUCAAAUGCCAAUUGUAUCCGAAAGCCAGAUUCAAAUAUCCCUAAAUUUGAAUGAUAACAAUGGUUAUUGGAGCAGUUCCAUGACUAUGGAAGUCGCCUUCUCAAGUGGAGGGGGGGGGGCGCUUCAAGUGCACACAGUGAGAGCACAGUAUAGAACCGGGGUGGGCAAUAACAUUUCCCAAGGGGAGAAAAUGGAAAAUAAAAAUCAAGUGAUGACAUCAUGUGUGAUUAUGAAAUUACCCUUUAAAAAUGCACAGAAAAUGUUGGCUUGUUGUGUUUAUUUCAUUUAAACCACAUUCACAUUUAAAGAUUCUCAAUGUGUCACACACAUUUCGAAAUCUACUUUCAGUUCUGAUGUAUUUUAAGGACAAGAAAUAUUGCUAGAAUAAUGGAAAAGACAAACUAUUAAGAAAAACAGUCAAACGAGAAAGUUAUGUUUCAGUUGCAUCAUGAUCAACAAAAAAAAAAAAACAA